AUGGAAGUGUACCUAAAAAGUUUCGUUGAGCAGUGCAAGGCGCUUGCAAAACGUGGCUUCAAGUGGGUUCAGAAUGGCACUGAAGUUGUGAGCAAGGCUUUUGCCAUCUGCUGCAGUGUUGACUCGGCUGCAAGACUUCUUCUGCAGAACACGAUAAAAUUUAAUGGAUUUUAUGGAUGCCCUUGGUGCCUUCAUCCUGGUGUGACUGUCAAUGGGGAGGUCAGGUAUCCAGUCAGAAGGAACGUUUAUCAAGAAAGAGAUUCAGCGGGAGCCGUGCAGAUGAUGUACCGUUCAUCCGAAAUGAACACAACCUGCUUUGGCCACAAAGGACCUUCAGUUCUAAUGAAUCUGCCCGGAUUUGACGUCAUUGAGUCAUUUGUUCCUGAUUAUUUACAUAGUGUCCUUCUAGGUGUAACGAGAACUCUGACUAAGCUUUGGUUCGACAGCAAGUAUUCCAGCGAAGACUUCUACAUUGGGGCACCCUCUGCUCUGAGCCUAAUUGACAGAAGAAUGGGGAAGAUCAGGCCCCCGUCAACGACUGGACGCUUCCCCCGUGGUAUCUCUGAAAGGAAGCUCUGGAAAGCCCAGGAAUAUCGCUCCUGGCUUCUGUAUUAUUCACUACCAGUAUUGGGUGGCAUAUUACCCCGACGGUAUUUCAUGCACUUUUCAUUGCUUGUGCGUGCAGUAUUUCUUCUUUUGCAAGACACUGUGGAAGGAGCAGACCUGAAUGUUGCACAAGACCUUCUGAGUGAGUUUGUUGUGAAGUACAACAUGCUUUAUGGCGACUACUGUAUGGUGUUCAAUGUGCACCUUCUUCCGCAUUUGGCAAAGGAUGUUGCUCGAUGGGGACCCUUAUGGACGCAUUCAACAUUUGUUUUUGAGUCGUUCAACGGAGUGCUUGUGAAGUUUGUUAAAGGAAACAGGGGGGUAGCAGAACAGGUGCUAGCAAAGGCAAUGCUGAAACAAGCUGUGUUCUCCUAUGUGCAAUUAAGAGGAUCAUACGUACUACGAUCCUACUUGAGCUUACUGAAAAACAAGAAAGUGGCAUCAUUUGCAGAGCAUGUUUCUGGUGCUGUUCUGUUGGGCAGAGGGAGGGCAUCCACGUGCACGUCAGCUGAGAGGAAUUGCAUUCGGUCAGCUCUUGGUAGAUCGCCUGACAACUUCUUGUUUUUUCACAGAAUGGUCUUUAACAGCACAAUGUACCACAGCACUAGUUACAAGCUACCAAAGAGAACUAAUGGCACUACAGUUGCCUUACAUGAUGGAGGAUUCGGAGAAAUUCAGUCCAUCUUUGUGUAUCGUGAAAAUUCACAUAAGGUUGCUGCUAUUUUAAUCCGUGAGUUUGUGCCAUUCGAAGCUUCCUUUUUUCAUGGUGGACACAUCACAAAGGGGCAGUUUUCUUCGUUGAAGGUCGUUCCAGUGAGUGCAAUAUCUUGUAAGGUUAUAAAUGUGGUUAUUGAUGGUAUCAGUUACGUAUCUAACGUUGCAAAUACUCAUGAGAUCAACUAG